AUGGAGGGACGACAAAGCCUCCUCGGUGCCAUCGACUACUGGGCCGAAACAACUCCCUCGAAAACCGCGCUCACGUUCUUGGAUGAUGCAGGGGCGGAGGUUGAUGCCCUCACUUACUCCGCUGUCCUCCGGCGCUCCAAUGCACUCGCAUCGCACCUCCUGGACAAGCUGGGCCUUGUCAAGGGCUCUACUUGUCUCCUCGUUUAUCCGCCGUGCCUCGACUUCACCGUGGCCUACCUCGCCUGCCUCCGCGCUGGAGUGAUAGCCGUGCCGUGCUAUCCGCCUGACCCGAGGCGCCUCAAGAAAGAUCUCCACAUGUUCAAGGCGAUCCAGGGUUCGAGCGGAGCGACCGUGGCGCUGACGAACCGUAGCUACAACUACGCCAAGAAGAUGGCCGACAUCAAAGGCAUGUUCUCGGGUGGGGCUUCUUGGCCGGAGCUGAAUUGGGUGGUGACGGACUCUCUAGCGUCGGCGACGGCCGCUGACGAGGACACGGGGAGAUUCUCCAUACCCGUUCCUACGGACGUGGCGUUCGUACAGUACACCUCGGGUUCGACGAGCGAGCCUAAAGGCGUCAUGAUCACCCAUUCCAACCUCGCGGACAACCUGAAGCUCAUCCUUGCGGGUCUGAGCGCCGUGGAUGACACCGUCGUUGUGGCGUGGCUCCCGCAGUAUCACGACAUGGGACUGAUCGGGUCGGUUCUCGCCCUCCUGUUCUCUGGAGGGUCGGGGUUCUACAUGUCUCCGGUGUCUUUCAUCAAGCGUCCAGCUCUGUGGGUGGAGCUGAUCUCUCGCCACCGGGGGACUCACAUGCAGGCACCGAACUUCGCCUACGGCCUGACGGCUCGCAAGUUUCUGGCGCUGGACCCGCAGCCGCAGCUAGACCUAUCUUGCGUCCGGCACAUGAUCAACGCCGCGGAGCCCGUGGACACUGCUUCUAUCGACCGGUUCUACUCUGUGUUCGAGGCUCACGGGCUCAAGAGGGGUGUGAUCUUCCCCACGUACGGCCUGGCCGAGCACACGGUGUACGUCUGCUCGAAUGGCAAGGACAGGCUUGUGGUGGACAGGGUCAUGCUCGAGACCGAACGAAAGAUUCGACCGGUGGAGAACAAGCUGGAGUUGUGGGCCUAUGGUAUGGAUGGUGCGGGCACGGUCGGGGGGAAAGACGACGGAGUGCUGACGACGGUCGUCGUGGGCUGCGGCCGUCCGAAAGAUUGCGCCGGGGUGGACCUCCGCAUCGUCGACACCGAGACUCUCUCCGCUCUGCCUGAAGGAAACGUCGGCGAGAUCUGGGUGACGAGCAAGUCCAGGGCUGCCGGGUACUGGUCUCAGCCGGAGAAGACCGCCGAGGCCUUCGGGGGUCGUCUCGCCAACGAUGGAGACGGACCCGCGCCUGUAGCCGAAGGGACCGUUGGACACGGCGCCCCUGCCGACGGGUAUCUCAAGACCGGCGACCUCGGCUUCCUGUGGGAGGGCGAGCUGUACAUCUGCGGGCGUAUCAAAGACCUGAUCAUCGUUCGGGGCCGCAACCAUUACCCCCAGGACUUGGAGAGGACGGCCGAGGGGGCUGUGGCGGGGUCGCUCCGUGGAGGGUGCAGUGCGGCGUUCGGCCUCGCGGGCGCCGAUGGGGGUGAGAGCUUGGCGAUAGUGGCCGAGGUGCAACAGGCGGGGGCAGGGUUCGACGGCCAGGCUCUGGCGGCAGAGAUUCGAAAGGUGGUGGCCGCCGAGCACGGGGCGUCGCUGGCGAUGGUGCGGCUGCUACGACCGAGGACCAUCCCCAAGACGACCUCUGGCAAGAUUUCCCGGACCAUGUGCAAGAAGGCCCACGUGUCCGGCGCCCUCGACGGCGACACGGUCUUCCUUUGGGGCGACGACCGGAUGGCCAGCCACCUCUCCUCGGCGCCCGGCGCGGCCAAGGAGCAGGCGGCCGUCGCUGAGAUGGACGCGCAGGCGGAGAGGGACGAGACUGGGGGCGGCGGCUCCAACGCUGCGAGCGCGGAGGAGUCCAAGUCGUCGGGCGGCGGGAAGGGGUGCCCGGCCGACAUGACGAUCGCCGACAUCCUGAAGGGGGUGCAGUCCGAGGUCGCCAAGAUUCUCAAGGCCGAUGGUUCGGCCAUUCCCAUGGACGCGCCGCUGGCCACGCUUGGAUUAGACAGCAUGGAGGCCAUGCAGCUCAUGUCUCUGCUGGAAGAGAGAUUCUCGGUGACAAUCCCAGAUGAGGUGAUGUUCGAGCCGGACACGACGCUCAUGACGCUGGCUCCCAUCAUCAAGGCCGGCGGAGUCGUCCCGGAAAGAGCGAAGGCCAUCGACUGCGGCUUGCUGGCUGCAAUGGAGGCCAAGGAGGGCCCUCCCAAGGGUUACAUGGCGGAGGAGACGGUGCAGAAGAUGCAGGCCCGCCGGCUGACUGAGUGCUCCUUCAAGACCCAGCUGGGGACGGGCAAGUUCAAGGAGGGCUGUCUCUCGGAACAGGCGGAGAUGAGCACAGCGGAUGUGGUGCUGGUCAGGUCUUUCUUUUGCCUGUACGCGGCAGUGGACGUGUUGACGCCCCUUUUCCUGGCGGGGUUGUUUCUGCUGUCGCUGGCGCCGCUCGCCGCGCUGCUAGAGGAAUCGCAGUCACAGGCAGCGGUUCCGGUGCUCUCCUCGGUGGCGAAGCGCUUGUUCGUCCUGUACGUCCUCUGUGUCAAGGGGACGGCCUUGGCGAAGAGCUAUUGCAGCCGAUUCCCGCCUGCCGGAAAGGCACUCGCGUCUCCGGGCGUGCGUGAUGAAGUUACCUUGGGGUGCGCGUGGUGGUCGGAGGGCAAGCAAGAGCCCGGCGUGACUUACAUCUACGCCGGCGUCGGCCCCGCGGAGCAGCUGCUGCUGUCCUCGGCGGCGCCAAGUGCCCUCUCCCGACCCAUUCGGCCGACGACUACGGCGGUGACUUGCCCGUCCCUCGCGCAUACGGCCCUCCUCUCCCUCCUGGGCUCCGCCUCGGUCGAAAAGACCCACGACUGGGCCGCUGUCGAUUGCGCUGCCGAGGCGGGCGAGAGUGCCUGCACCAGCGGCGGCGAGACGGAGUUGGCGCUUGCACCGGCUGUGUCCACGGCCAUGAAAAGAGGCGCUCAGAUUGUUCCUUGCACCGUUCUUGGCGGCAGCGGUGUAGAUGGGCGAUUCGCGCUGGCCAAGACGGCCGCCGCGUGGGGCCUUUGGAAGAGACCUGGGGGAGUUGUCGUGGUCUGCGCACGGCCGGUGGCGGUGCCGUCAACCGAGGACUCGGCCUCGAUGCUCAAGUAUGCGGAGACGGUGCAGGCGGCGGCCGCCAGGGUGCGCUCGGAGCACUGCGACGCUUUCUUGUCUGGCUGAACUACCGUCUGUUGUUGCUUGUCCAAUCGCAUUUACGGGUUUUGUAGCUU